AUGGCCAGAAUCAGCAUCGCCCAGGCAGUCCGCUAUUGGCUAACCGAUGACCUCAUCCUCAAGGCUGUCCUGCUAGAUAAAGACGGCAAUGAGCGCUAUAAGUUCACGGAUUACAUGGACCAGCCUGGUGUCGACUAUACUCUGAACAGUCGAAAAAUAUGGAUUCACGACAACAGAAAAUGGGGCCCGAGGCUCUGCAUCAAGUUCGAUCUCAGAGAUUCAUCGGGCCAGUGCGCGGUGGCGCAGGGACUACAAAUGUCUAAGUAUUUCUGGAACGACAAUGGCACGCUACGCUACAAUAAAGAGCUGAAGGAGUAUGUUCCCUGUUUUUUAUCUAUUGGAUCGUAUCCACCAGCUUCAGCCAGUGUGAAGAAGGACUACAAGCGUUAUGAAGGGGAUGACUUAGCGGCAAAGGGCGUUUAUAGAGCUUAUGGGGAUUACGGAGAUGAGGAUGAAUCGGCGUGCCAGGAGAUAUUGGAAAGUAUCAAACGUCGCCUUGACGAGGAGGGUUUGGAUGUGUCGGACUUUGAGGAGGAGGAUGCUGAGUGGUAG